AGUCUGCAGUUUGCCAGCUCUGGUGGCUGUGACAUUGCAGAGAACAGGUGACAGUGGGAGCCAUCCCCAGGGACAAUACCAGGCAGCCACCCUGCAACCCCUCCUUGGGCAGCUGGCCAUGGCUGCAGCAACCACGGUCUUCGUGCUUGUGCUGACCGUCCUGCUCAAGCAGAUACAACACCUACCGAUCAAUGUGAUCACAGCCCAGGAGAUGCAGCAGCGUAAGGAGUUUCUGCAGCAGGAGAUGAAGCGGCUGCUGCAGGAGAUUGGGUGGAUCAGGUCCCCACAAGAAGCCCCACUCCUCUCUGGGUUGCAGCUCUGUCUCUUCUGGGCUGCUGCGGCAGUCAUGCUCGUGGAGGUCUGCUGGCUGGCCUGGCAAAUGAAGCUUACAACUUGUACCUGCUAUGAGCAGGAAACCUCUAGCAGCAAAGAGAAAGAUGAUGAAGAGAAGAAAACCCUCAAGGGACAACGCCACAGUGUGAGGUUGUUUUCUGUCCCCAACGUAAUGUCAGUUCAGGGACUGUCUGACACGUGCAGGGACGUGAAGAAGAUGAUGCAUGACGUCCUCCGUGUCUGCCGAGUGCUUUCCAAGGACACUUUCAUGCUGGAGAUGUACCCGGCAACUGGGAAGAGCAGCACCCAUGAAUCCUGGAGUAUCUUUGAGGACCGAAUCUUGUACCAGCUGCUCGUGUUCCUGCAGCCACCCUCCAGGCACUCUUUCAAGCUGGAGCUCUAUGGUGGGACACGUCUGCCAGAGAGGUGCUCCAACAUCCGUGUGGUGCUGGAGUGCACCUGCUCGAGGAAAAUGGAGAAUAUUCCGUGUUUUGUCCACCCCUCCAAGACCAAUGAGAGCGGCCAGCGCUCACCCCUGCUGCAGAACCUCUGCACAGGCUCCUACCUGGACGUGGAGGAAAUCGCCUGCUGGGUGCAGAACCUGGUGCCGACAGCCUGGGAGCGCCUGCCCCAGUGGCAGGACUGGCAGCUGACGGUGCUGCCCAGCUCCCACUCCUGCCCGCUGCUGCUGAGCGGCCCCUCCGGCAUGCAGCUCUGCGCUGAGCUGGUGUUUGCCGUGGAGCAGGGCUGCCCAGGCACCUUCCUGAUCCUGCAGUGAGAGCGGGCAGCGUCCCCAGGUGCUGCUUUGGGCUGGGGCUGGGUGGGGAAUUGGGAGUAGACACAGACAGAGAGCUGAGCAAAACUGCCCAAAGGGACCUGCUGGACAGUAGAACAUUGAGCUCGGAGUAUUAAAAGGGGAGGGAGAAGGAAAAGGAAUGGGACACGUUUGGAGUUAAGGCAUUUAUCUUCCCAAGUCACUGUAAGAGGUGAUGGAGCCCAUCUUUCCUGGAGAUGGGUGAAUACCUGCCAGCCCAUGGGAAGACAAAUGCCAUAAUUCUGAGCAUGUCCUCAGAAUCACAGAGUCAAUCACUCUGAGGUCCUUGAGUCCAUCCUCUGACCCAACACCACCUUGGCACUGUCAUAUCCAGUUUUUCCUUAACACCUCCAGGGAGAGCGUUAAGUACCUCAGCCUUUUCCUCACUUUUGGUGACUGUAUUCCCUUCUGGGUCCAUUAAGGAAUGGAGGUUUUCCUUGGCCCUCCUAUUGCCAUUAAUGUAUUCAUAAAACAACUUAUUAUCCUUGACAAAAUUGGGCAAAUAAGUUCUGAGCUUUUGCUGCUCUAAUUUUCUUUCUACCUGACCUAAAAACACCCAUAAACACUUCCUGAGCUGCCUGCCUCUUUUUCCAGAGGUGGUUCCCCUGGUGGGCUCACCAGCUAUGCCAGGAGGUGAAGUUCUCAUCCACACACUCCAGGACCCUCCCAGGCUGCCCCUGCUGUGUUGGGUUUCCAGCAGACACCUGGCAGGUCCCUCCUUCUUCCUUCUUUCUCCCUCUUUAUGAACUGAUCCCGAUGGAAUACAGCAUGGAAUAUCCCUUUGAGGUGCCCUACCCUAACCUAGGGUCAGCUGUGCUGUCUGUGUCUACCCCCAAAUACCCAAGUACCCUCUCGUGGUUCCAGCCCCAGCCAGAAAUUAAGCACCUCGCAGCCCUUGCUCAACACCCUUCUCUUCCCCUCCACCCUGCUGGAGUGGGGAGAAGAAUCAAAAGUAAAACUUACAGAUCAUUUAGAGAAGCUUA